CCAUUGUAUCGUGCAUUCACAAUGGGAGUCCUCAAGGUUUUAUGCACGUGCGCCCUGACUUUCUGUCUGCUGGCUAACCCCAGUUUUGCUUCUCUGAAUGGUGCCAUUCCGAAAAAGUUUGGCAUCGUGAUGUUUCGCGCCUUUGACACGACUGAUAUAACCGCACCUUUGGAAAUUCUCAACUUCAUAGGCCUGCUGUACAACACUGAAGUUGUCUUGCUGUCGGAUACACUGGAACCUGUCUCGACGCAGCCUCUGACAAUGAACCCGAAGAACUCGUCUGUCUGGACGACAUUCACGCCUACGCAUACAUUUGACACGGCGCCCGAGGUGGACGUCCUCAUUGUCCCUGGAGGUCCUGGUGCACGGAACCCGAAUAUGACCGCAGUAUGGAACUACAUCGCAAAGGCAGCACCCAAGACGAAGCACGUUCUGACGAUCUGCACGGGAUCCGGCGUCGCCGCGAAAGCCGGCAUCAUGGACGGAAGGAAGGCAACAACAAACAAAGCGGCAUGGAAAGAGAUUACCGCAUAUGGCCCAAACACUGAGUGGAUCCCCAAGGCUCGUUGGGUGGAGGACGAGUCCGCUGAGCCUCCAAUCUGGAGUUCGUCGGGGGUAACAUCUGGGUUCGAUAUGCUGCUUCAGUUCGUGGAAAAGAAGUAUAGUCUCCAGAAUGCGACGUAUAUGGCGAAUCUCAUUGAACAUGUCCGCAUCACGGACCCCAGCAAUGACCCGUUCGCCGUUAACAUCAACGGGACAGCUGCUUAGAAUCGUUUACCAGACAAUACCGGAGGAGAAUAUUUGUACAGUAUCUGCUUCUAAUGGCAUACGGUUUAUUGGACUGAAGCUGAUAGAGGGGAGCAUUUACAAGGCACUCCUUUCAAAGAAUGUAAUUUUCACUGGUCUCAACCCACUGACCCCGACAGCCGCUCAUAUGACCAUGAGCGCUUCCACGCU